AUGCCCAUGAGAAAUUUCACCAACAAGAGCAAGUCUGAAGGGCAGAAAAAAUUGGAGAUCGCUGCAGGAGUUCCGACUCCCAAGAGCCAAGCCUCGAGGGACUUUGUUCGGUCAUUACUCCCGAAGACACAGCAGGCGCCGUUUCAGCCGCGGCAGAUGGACACGAGGCAUCGGAGGCACAGCAUCGGCAUCGAUUACGGCUGA